GCAGCAGUUUAGGGUUUUACUUCAUCAUUCUCGGCACAAUUUUUACGCUUCUUAGCAUUUUUUGGCUAUCGGCCGUCGCGAGGACUAAGUUGAAGCACUGACCUCUCUCAGAUCUUCGAGUUCAAAAUGGUCACAUUCAGGUUUCACCAGUACCAGGUCGUCGGGAGAGCUCUGCCUUCUGAGGCGGAUGAGCAUCCCAAGAUCUAUCGGAUGAAGCUAUGGGCUACCAACGAAGUCCGUGCGAAAUCCAAGUUCUGGUACUUUCUGAGGAAGUUGAAGAAAGUCAAGAAGAGUAAUGGUCAAAUUCUUGCCAUUAAUGAGAUUUUUGAAAAGAACCCAACAAAGAUCAAGAACUAUGGUAUUUGGCUGCGGUAUCAGAGCCGAACUGGUUAUCACAACAUGUACAAGGAGUACCGAGAUACCACAUUGAAUGGUGCUGUUGAGCAAAUGUAUACCGAGAUGGCUUCUCGCCAUAGGGUUAGGUGCCCGUGCAUCCAAAUCAUUAAGACAGCAACCGUUCCUGCAAAACUCUGCAAGAGGGAAAGUACGAAGCAGUUUCAUGACUCAAAGAUCAAAUUCCCGUUGGUGUUUAAGAAGGUGAGGCCACCCACCAGGAAGCUCAAGACAACAUACAAAGCAUCUAGGCCCAACUUGUUCAUGUAAUUCUGCUCAUCUUUGGGUUCUCUUCUAUGGAAACAAUUUGAUUAUUAUUGAUAUGGGUAGAUUAUAGAAAACUUCGAGAAGUAGAUGAAAUUUCUUCAAAACCAUUUGUUUUUCUAGCACAAUUAUUACUCUGUUAUGGAUUUUUGUGAGAUGAGUUUGACAAUUUUGGUUGGAUUAAUCUAAAGAAAAUGUUUUCGAA